UUACGGUGUCUGUCUAUGUGAAGCGUAUCCAUCGCGAUAAUCGAAUCGAAGAAACGGAUAGUGAUUUGCGUGCGUUGUCCGCAUAGUGAUAAUGUGAAGCUGCGUGUGUCGAGGUACACCGUGUGUGAGUGUAGUGGAUGGUUCUUUUAGUGUCAGGGCCGGAUUUAGCGCCGGAGCGUUGUUGAAUGGCUCUUAGCUACCUUGAAGCGCGCAAAGUGGUGCCAAAAUCAAAAGUAUUCUUCGAGUUUACGAGUGUCCAUCGGUGCCGUGGAUGCGUGUCUUGAUUUUCGUCGUAGAACACCUCGUUUAAAACAAACAAUUGUCAAGGUUGUGCUCUAAACAUAACUACGUAAAUCCCGGUGCUUUGUGCGCAUGUGUAUCUUAUCAUUGUAAAUAAAUUUAUGGCUGCAAAGUCGGUUUGGGGAUUACUGCGGCACUGAUCAAAUGUUUGGAUUAACGAGUUAUGGAUGCAGUAAUUGAUGGUACUGGAUACAUUUUUAAGCGUGGAAAGAGACCGCCUCCGUGAGCGGGAACGGCAGGCGAGGGCCCAGAUGUCUUCUCAAGUAGCGGAUCAAGAAAGUCCGGGCACUUCCGGAAAUUUCUUGUUUAGAGAACCCAUAAGGAUAAACCCUUCCACUGCCGACCCGGUCACCCAACAGAUCCAGAGUAAGCUAGGCGACUUCCAACGGGUGAGACACUUCCUCGACCAAAAAGACUCCGGACUGAUCGGCGUGGAUGGAGUCCCACCAAGUCCGGGCGGUCCACCUCCACCUCCUCCGAGACAUCACAUGUCCAUGCUUUCUGGACCACCGGUGGCAGGUGCUUCGAGCAGACUCCAGCCGGCGCCCGAAUCACGCACGGAAUUCAAGAAGCCGAACCAUCACCACCUCCACCACCCCCAUCAGAGGGGCGGGUAUGUCAAGCCGGCCGAGGGCAAGCCGCCCUACGGGGGCCGCGGUGGCUACCCCGGCCAGCCCGUCAAACACGGCAGCGGCACCGUCAGCCACCGAUCCAACGGCAUCCUGCCGGCAAAGGGACCGCCUCCGUUGUCGCUGUCGUCCAGUUCUUCAUCUAUUCGCCUCCACGGCAUCGACAGAAUUCCACGCAGUCCCUACGAGCAGAACCAAGGCCCUACGGCUGGACCGAGGGAAACCCUGCCUUCCGCCACCCCGAUUGCCGCUGAAGUGGAUCACAUAUUUAAGGAAAUGAUAGACCAGAGAACACCACUGACUGCCAUUGCGGCGACCCCCAGGAUAGAACUCGACAACAAGUACAAUUACAAUCCGCUUCUUGCCAAGAUACACGAGAAGACACCAGCGCCAUCUGCAAUUAAAAAACGUGAUCGUCAACCGGCUCCACGGCCCCAAGAAAGCCUAAGAGAUGAUCUCAACUUAUCGGAGGAAAGCGAUGAUGAACAUAAGAAGGAAGCUUUACAUUCUUCUAAUAUAAUUGUCGAAAAGAUGUUAUCGCCUCUAAGUGCUACUCCAGCAAUACAUAAUUCAAAGAUGGAUGUGCCCGAACCUUUGGCACCCAUCCCAACCUCACCGGUAGCUAGUUCUUCUAGUGACUCAGGAUCUGAUUCGGGGUCAGAUAGCGAGUCCAGCAGUGACGAUUCCGGAGAGGAAAAUGUGACCUCAGUGGACGUACGUUUACAACCGCCACCUACAGAAUUGCAGCCAGCGUCACCUCCGUCAGAAGACAGCAAAAUUAGGUGGAACCUGGCAUCUUUCGUGGGCAACAGCCAAAAUAUCACAGAUCCCCUUACCUCUCCGUUAGUGUCUCCUGUUAAACCGUCUUGUUCGCUGCCAAUAAAGACAAGUCCGGACAGUAGGAAAAGGGUUUCUGAGGAGUCGGACACCAGUGAUUCCACUAAAGACAUUGAUGAUAUAGUGGCCAAGGCAAAAGCGCUAGCUGAAUUAAGUAAUUUGCCGUUACUGUCCAGUUUCUCUGACUCGGAAAACAGCAGCAAAGAAUCAAAUUCAAAGAAACAAAAGCAUACCGUUCAACCAGUUACCAAUCCUAAUUUAAGUGACAGUGAUUCAGAUGUGAAAAGAACUAGUAAAAGAAAACCGGUGAUUCGUGCUAGUCCCAGGACAAAAUCAGUGGACUCCCACAGUGACUCUGAUUUUGAAAAUAAAACCUAUAGUGGCUUCGUUAACACCGCCCCCAAACCUAUUUCCCCUGUGCCAGUAGUGAACCCAGAGAAAGUUACGAAACCUGGUCGAGGAAGGCCUAGGAAGAUUAAACCUCCUAACGGCGAUGAAGUGAAGAAACCAAGAGGUCGUCCAAAGAAAACGAGAUCCCCUAACACUUCAUCGGACGUCGAAAAGAAGAAGCCAAAGAGAGGUCGUCCGCCAAAAUCUGUACUUCCACCAUGUUCAAGCAGUUCCGACGAGGACGAGAAGUUUGAAAAGCCUCCACCUCCACCACGCCGCAGGACCAAAUCAAAAGUGCAGACAUCCAGCAGCUCAGAUUCGGAUAGUCCAGCACCAAGGCGACGAAACUCAAGCAGUUGCAGCAGUAUUCGUCACGAGUCAGAAAGAGAAAUUCUAAAACAUGAGUCUCCAAAGAAAAGUUACAAACAUAAAUCUCCAAGGUCUGAGGAAAGGAAAAAAGCAAAGAAGAGCUCCGAUGAAGAAUGGGGCGCUGAAAAUAAGGCGAUCUUAAAAAAUCACUUCAGGGAUGACUCUAUAAAGAAGAAAUUGUCGGAUAACUCAAAAGAUGUCACAUCACCGUUUAGGCGAAAAGGUCGACCGCCUUUACCCAAAAAGGAAUCAAGUGAUAUUGAAAAGGUGAAAUCUAAAGCUAAAGUAAGCUCAUCAUCCGAGGACUCUGAUAGUGAUAUUACUUCACCAUCGAAGAAAACUCUUAACAAAAUAGAUUCCACUAUAAAGGUGGAAGAGAAUAAGACGAUAGCAGAUAAGAAUAAAUACGAUACCCUCCGUAAACUCUUCACACCUAAAAGGGACUCUGAAGGAGGCAAAGGUGGUGGAAAAGGAGGAGGAAAAGGUGGUGGUAAAGGAAAAUGCGGGGUUAAUGUGAUAAUAGUAGAUGAAAAUUAUGAACGCAGUAGUUCAUCCGUAGAGGACGAGGCUAUGCCAACCAUAUCAACCAACCCCACCCUGCUGUCGCCUAUAUCCAAUAAUGAAGUGAAAAGAAAAAGUUCUGAACUGCCUUCUCAUUCAUCUUCACCUGUAUAUAAUGACCCAAUGAAAUGUACGAAGACUGAAAUUCCAAUUAACGAUAAUAUUGAAAAGAUAUCACUUUUGGUAAAGAUAGAUUUAAAUCGGUUAGACUUAUUUUCUAUUCCCGCUUUGAGGAAAUAUAUAGAGAACACUAGAAGGCUAACGGAGCCAAAAAAGGAAAACUUAGAUAAGGCCAAAAAGGAAAAUUUAGAGAAAACAGGUGACUGUGAAACUGAUUUUAAAGUGAAGUCAACGAAGGAAAGUGAUAACGAAACAAAAAGGGCGUUGCCACCUAAACUUGAUCAGGAUCACUCCGAGAGGAAACAUAAACUGAAGAAACGCAAAAGGAGAAAUAGCUCCAGCUCCAUUUCUUCACUUUCGACAGUCAGUAACAUGUCUCACAACAGUCACAAGAAAGAACACCAAAUUAAAAAGGAUAAAGAUAAUCCAAAAUCUAAGAGACGAAGAGAAGACACUGAAGUUGCACGAUCUCAAAUUGAUAAUCUCAGUUUAAUUAAUGCCCCACCAACCAACCACGAACGGGAAGCAAGCAAGACUGUUCAGUACCUUGAUGGGUCUAUGUCCAGCAAUCACACCCAGCCUACUAGAAAGUACCACUCAUACUUUGAACCUCCAGAAGAACCAUCUGAAUAUGAGGAGAGGGAUCAAAACCAGUACCUGAGCGAUGCAAAGAGAUUAAAACACAUGGCUGAUGGAGAGACUGAUACUAUUAAACAAUGUAUGCUGUACCUGGAAGCUGUACUUUUCUUCUUGCUUACCGGCAACACCAUGGAGCAAGAAAGCAUUUCAAAAAAUUCAGCCUUCACAAUGUACAAAGACACACUUUCGUUAAUCAAAUAUAUUUCAUCUCAGUUUAGGAGCCAGCAAAAUGUAUCCUCGGUUCAUACUAAAUUGGCUGUGUUAAGUUAUCGGUGCCAAGCUCUGCUGUUUUAUAAGUUAUUUAAAAUGAGGAAGCAGGAAUCCAAGGAAGUGCAGAAAAUUGUUAGUGAUUAUUGCAGUAAGAAUGCCAUUUCUCAAGAUCAGCAGAACCACCAACAGGGCCAAGGUACUCCUUCUCCUCUGUCUCCCACCCCUUCUCCCGCCGGUUCCGUGGGUUCGGUGGGCAGCCAGUCCUCCGGGUACAGCAGUGGAGAAUUGGCGGCGAGGGGAAACAAUGCACUCAUUCCUGCGACGCAUGCUCAAAACGCCGGGGCAUGGCUUCCGCUCUCUGUUUUUAACUCUGUGUCCUUGCAGAACCAGCUCUUCACAUAUCUAAUCUCAUUCCAGGAUCAUUGGGAUAUGGCCGACUCACUCAUUAUCAAGGGCAAACUUACAGACUUCUUUAUUGAGCUGGACAGGCAGUGCAGGCCUUUGACGAUGCACAGUUCUCUCAUAGACUUGGUCAGGUAUGUAAGAGAAGGCAUAAAUCGCCUGAAGAGGGAGAGUUAGGAAAAACUUACCAGGACUAGACUCUGUACAUAGAGGAAAAUGUAUGCCAAAGAAUGCGUCAAGUCAAUUCAUCGUCAAUGGCCGAAAUUAGAGAUGACAAUUUUGCAUUACGUAAUUCUACCUUACUUAAUUUUCAUACAUAUAUAAAUUAUAUAUAUGUGUAUAUUAGCAAAAUGACUUAUUUAAAUUAUUUAGGGGUCGAAAUGGGCCAACGGUCAGAUGUGUGACCAGUCUGUAGGGUGCAGUACUAUAAGUAAUAUUUUUUCAUUAAAUAGCGAAAUUCCACGUACAUAGUGUAUAUUUUUUGUAAAUACUGUAUGCUAAAGUUAUAUAUUUACUAUAUGCGCUAUAUUUGUACAACGCUGAGAAUUAUAGGCCUAGUGGAUCAAACCAUUAUUACAUCUCGGUUGUGGAUGUUGAAUUAAUGAUUAGUAGUCAUUGUUAUUUUUGCAUAUAUAUUCUAGGAGUAAGUGUGCAUAUUUAUGUAUAUCAUGUAUAUUUUAUUAAUUUUAAAUUAUUUUUAUUUUAUCUUAGGUGUUUUUUCUUUCGUAAAGCCAUUCACAGAAAAAAAAUCAAAGUAAAUUAUCAUAUUUUUUAUCUAUAUUGUUAAAACGUUAGUGGCAAAAAAUCUUAAAUUUAAUGUUGAGUUUUCUCCAAAUGAGAUUGUAUUUAAUAUAUUUAAGCACUCCUUAUGGCAAAGAUUCGCUAUGAUUGCAGGGAUUUUUACCGACAAUCAAAUAUCGAGAAUUUAUAUGAAAAUCAAAUUUAAUACCGUCGUUUUAUGGAAUAUGCUUUUAUACAAGUUUACAUCAUAACGUUGGGGCCAUUGGGGGCAAUAUAGAAUCUUAAAUAUUUGUUAAACAGAGAUAAGAUAGUUAUUUUAAUUUGUAUUUUAAAAAUAAUUAUCGUGUCGCAUAUUUUAUAUAGUUGUAAUUUAUAAACAUGUUAGAUUUAAUACUAUUUAUUGCAGUACUUAAUAUUAAUUAUUAAAUGUUUGGAAAAUAAAUUAUUUCGUAUUGUAAAUUUUAAAAUACGAUCAGGUACAACUUUGACAUUUUUUUAUGUUGUCGCCUUUUGAAUAUAAUCAAAUUGGAAAUUUAAGGCAAUCGUAGCGAAAAUUUGCAAAAAAUGUGCAGAGCGAAGUUUGGUUACAAACUUAAUUAUGAUUAUGCACAUUAAUUAAGACGCGGUGCUAAUUACAAAAUAAAUUAUUUAUCUUGUUUUUAUGUUCGUUGUACGGUCAGAGGAACAUGGGCUGGUUGGGACCACAAAAUCUAAGAGUGCGUAUACGAUAUUGAGUGAUAAAAUUGAAAUCUGUAAUUUUGAUAUUAAAUUUUGUAAUCUCUCAAACUAGCCUACAUUCAGUUGAUAUUUUACAUGCUAAAUUGCGUUUUAAAAACUGAUUGUUGAUUGGAUCACAUUUUAUUAUACAAAUGUAAUUGUUUUUUUGUAUAAAAGAUACAAAUCUUAUUUUGUAAAUUAUGCCUGCAUUUUGGUCUGUUUUAUUUAAAUCUGGAUAUAUAUCGACUGAAUAUAUAAUUGUUUUUCUUUUUAUUUUUUGUUUAAAAUAUAUUAAUUUAUUUUAUAUUUA